GUCCGUUCCCUCGGCCACACCAAAAUUCUUCUUCUUGAAAAACCCUCAAAUUCUAACAAGUGGUAGUGUUGUUGGUCCUAUUCUUCUUCGCCACACAAUACUUCACAAUUGAUUUUUUAUUUCAAAUCCUUCGGAGGAGGUAAUAUUUAGAUUAGCGAUAAAUAUUGUGUUGAUCAUCACGUUCUUCUCCACCCACAAACGUUCAAAAUACAAUUAUAUUUACAAUAGCAGCACAACAACAACAAGAAAAUAUAUUAAAUAAGAGGAUGGGAAACAGUGCAACAAAACCAGGUUUAAUAUCUAAAAUUGCCACAUCAACAAGUACCGACUAUAAUGCUGCUCGGUUGAUGAUGGCCGAAGAAGAUUAUGAUGAUGAAACUGUAGAACCAGGCUUGAUGAUUGAUUGCAAAGAUCAACUAUUGAAAUGUGGGCAAAUGGUGGAUGGACAAUAUAAAAUUGAAAAGCUCAUUGGAAAGGGAACAUAUGCUCAAGUUUAUAAGGCAGAAAAGAAGAGUGGUAAUUAUGGAGAAAAAUCAAAUGUAGCAAUCAAGUGUUGCUAUUCGAGAAAUGAUCAGGAUUGGAAAUUAAUUACCUCAGAAAUUUUAGCAAUGAAGAGCCUUAACCACACCAAUGUUCUUGAGUUUUACGAGUAUUUUGAAAUCAAAAAAGAUCAAACAAUAGAUACACCAACCACUACAGAGGAUUGCACCCAAAGGAAUGAACCACUUGUUGGUAUUGUUAUGGAAUAUUGCAAUAAUGGAUCGAUUGGAGAUUUUCUUAAAAGAAACAAGCAUGUGAAUGCCGAUUUUUUAACAAUGAUCGAUUGGUUUAUACAGUCAGUCAAGGGAUUAAGCUAUUGUCACAAAAUGAAUUUGUGUCACAGAGAUAUCAAACCACAUAACAUUCUCAUACACUUGCCUCCAGACUCAACCAGUCAGGUAAUUAAGUUGUGUGAUUUUGGGCUUAGCUCACUUCUUCAAGAUAAGAAAGAAAAACUCAAUACUUUCUGUGGAUCUCCGAUCUAUGCUGCUCCUGAAAUUAAUAGACUUUGCUAUACUCUUUCUGUUGACAUUUAUAGUUUGGGAAUUUCGUUUCUAGAACUCUUCUCUAAAAUUGAAAAUAAGGAAUUUCAUAGUAGAAUGUACAAUAAGAGUAGAGACGUAUCAGUUCUAACAAAAGUAAUUUCAAACAUACCUUUAAAAUGUUUGCAAAAGAUAAUUACAGCCAUGACCCUAUUUGAACCCAAGGAAAGAAUAACUGGAGAGGAACUACUUGCUCAUCCAAUAAUAAGAGCUCUCGAAUCUACAAUAUUAAUGUCCAAAGGUCUAUAUUCUGCAGAUAACUUGGAGAAUGCCAAUGAAGAAUAUAUUGAAACAAUAUGCGAAUUAUUAGGGUUUUACCAUAAUGAUACUUCAAGAUUUGAGGUUCUAUUCCAGCAACUUACCCAAUUAUUUGAGUACAAACCUCGAUUAUUUGUGGAUGUUGUUACCAAACAAAUUAAUCAAAUUGGAGACGAAUUUCUUUUCACCCAAGGAGUUUCUUUAGAAGCUCAAUCAUGUAUAUUAUUCAUUCUAAUUUCAGUUGCUAUUACUCUUUGCUCACAAGAGACGCCAGUUCCAAAACGUCAUUCCAGUUUAAUGGACAAAAAAUCCUCACUGUAUAAUGUUUUUGUAGAUAGUUUAACGGUAAUUAGUGAACAUUCACCUCAUAUUGGCGAAGAUGUUGAGCUAUUGAAAACUAACAUUCAUCUAAUUGCGAAUAUUAAGCAAUUUAUACUCGAGUUUGCAAAUAUUGCAGGUGAAACUAUUCAGACCACUAUUCUAAGCUUCCUAAUUCAAACACUAAUGAUGGAUACAGCAAAUAGAUCUCCAAACAAUUCAUCCAAUAACUCACCAAAAAAUAGCUCUCCUACCUCAUUAUUUACAAUUGAUGAUAAGUCAUUUGUUUUCAAUUUGAUUAGAGAAAUGGUCAUUCGAUUUGAAGCAUGUAAAGAAAUUGUAAUUUUAAAAAACAAACAAAUGCCAACUCCUUCUACCACAACAAUGACAAGCGAUCACUACGCUGCUAACAGAAUUUCACAUUCAUUUGGAUCAUCAACGACUGAAUACCUAGUAGCUCAUGAAGAAACAACGACCACAACCACUACAGCAUCAAUAGUGGAUCCGGAUGAAACAGCAAAUGAGAUACUAUCCUCAGAGGCAUCUAUUGAACUGAGAGUUGCUUUCCUUCGUGCUAUUCACCAACGAUUACUAUCCAGUCAAACGUGGUGAGGGAAAUAGGAACUAUGUGGAACUUAAUAAACACAAGAGAUCAAUCAGAUUUUGUAAAG